AUGCCACAAGGCUGGAUACGACGGCGACAAACGUCGGCCCGCUCACUACACGGUUUACUCCCCCAGCUUCCUGUUCUGAUGUUCGCACAAGGACAUUCUAUGAUCUCUACCCCAGGCUCGAAAUGGGCUGUGAAGGACCCGGAGGCAACGAAUGUUGCCCCCCAAAUUGGCGAGAUGAUGUUUAUUACAGCCCUGGGAUGUGCCCGGCAGGAUACCAGACUUGCACAUUGCCAACAUCCAAACAACGCAUUGAGACAACAGCCAUGUGCUGCCCGGAGCCACUGUACUCGCCCGCUGAACACAAGAAUUCCUCUUACCAUGAGCGGCGCCACACAUACCACCACUCGAACCGCAUACGCCAUCACGGCAACCCCGAUCCAAAUCCGCUUUAGAGCUGCCGAAUCGACGGUUGUACCAAUCCCGACUGCGUCCUUACGGCUUCCGAGGGGAUAUCUGUACAAGCGCGAGAAGGUGGGUAUCGGUAUUGGAGUUUCGGCUGCCGUUAUUGGAUUCGCGAUCGGUAUAUACUUCUGCUGCUGCUCCGGCAGGAAACAACAAAAGGCUAGGGUGCCAACAACUCCGUUGGGGAAUUAUUCUACCAUCGAUACUCCUGAUGUUCCCCCGCCUGCUUAUCCGGGGCGGGAUGAUGGUUUGGGCACGGGCCCGUCCGUUCCAGGUGGCAGCCCUGAGGACUGGCACCAGGGGGGACGAAAGUAG